GUGACUGGUUUCUGAAAUCUAUAAAACAAGACUGAGGACUGCAAAGGGGCAUCCAGAGGUGCCACACUCCAGAAGACAGUUUCCAGCCGCCCGCCAUGAGCUGGGUCCUGCUGCUCCUGCUGCCGCUGGCGCUGCGCCCGGGCCGGGCAGGCCCUUCCCAGGCAAGGGCUCCCCUCUUCCGGCUCACUCAGCAGGGCUCCUGGGGAGGAGGCGGCAGCAACGCCACGGGCUCACCCUGCGAGGGUCUCCCCGACACGGGGACCACCGCCUGGUCCCUAGCGAACCGCAGCCUGGAGCGCCUGCCAGGCUGCCUGCCGCGCGCCCUGCGCAGCCUCGACGGCAGCCACAACCGGCUGCGCGCCCUGAGCGCGAGGGAGCUCGGCCACCUGCCCCAGCUGCAGGUGCUGACGCUGAGCCACAACCUCGUAGCCGAGCUGCGCUGGGGCCCCGGCGGGCCCGCGGAGCUGCACACGCUGGACCUCAGCUACAACCGGCUGGAAGCCCUGCCGCCGUGCUCUGCGCCCGCGCCCCGCAGCCUCCGCGCGCUGCACCUGGCCGGCAACCCCCUCCAGGAGCUUCAGCCCGGGGCCUUCUCCUGCUUCCCCGAGCUCCUCUUCCUCAACCUCUCCUCCACCGCGCUGGGCCGGGGCGGCCAGGAGGGCAUCGCGGAGGCGGCGUUUGCACUAGAGGGCGGCGCGCGUCUGGAGAGCCUCGAGGUCCUGGACCUCAGCGGCACGUUCCUCACGCGGGUUCGGGCAGGGUGGAUCAGAGACCUGCCGAAGCUCACCACUCUCUACCUCAGGAACAUGCCUGGGCUGAGGAGCCUGGAGGGGGACAUUUUCAAGAUGACCCCUGAGCUGCGGGUGCUGGAUUGUCAAGACUCCCCAGCACUCACUUCCGUCCACACACAUAUCUUUCAAGACACUCCUCGCCUGCAAGUUCUUCUAUUCCAGAACUGCAACCUGAGUUCCUUCCCUCCUUGGACCCUGAAUUCCUCCCAGGUCCUAUCCAUCAGCCUCUAUGGCAACCCCCUCACUUGCAGUUGUGAGUUGUCCUGGCUCCUCUUGGAUGCAAAAAGAACUGUCCUAAACAGGGCUAACAACACGGUGUGCACGCCCGCCGCAGGCUCCCGGGGCCCCUUCUCAGCCGCUCUUGCUCUCCCCCAGCUGCCCGGCCUGUGCCAGUUGGACCAAAACACCACCGACCUUACUUCCCACCCAGCCUCCUCCUACGGCUCCACUCACGCACCCCCAGCACAGGGCACCUCUCCCGGGGGCCCUUCCACCCUGCCCAGCACAGCUCCAUCCACUCGGCCUGCGCGAGGCCAACAGAGGGUCACCAAGGCCUCGUCCCUCCCCGUGGAGUCCCUCACGCAAGCUGCACGGCCACACAGCAGUGGCACGGAGGGGGUCACCCACUCCACCCCCGGCUCCACAGCAGCCUCUGGGCACUCCGGCGGUCCACCCAGGGCUACAGCCACAACGGGAUCAAAGCCCGGGGAAGAACGCGCCAGCUCCACCCCAUUCACCACCAAACCGCUUGGUCUCUUCCCUCCCUCCCGUAAGCCAGUGAGCACGCCUCAGCCCAUCCUGAGGACACCGGCCACCCCCGAGGCUCCCCAGCCCAGUCCUUCCGAGGGCGGGAUUCCGAUUCUGCUGUUGGACGACUACAGCGAGGAGGAGGAGGAGGAGGUGAUGGAAACGUCUCCCCAGGACGUCCCUUGUGAUUACCACCCCUGUAAGCACCUGCAGAUCCCCUGCUCAGAGCUGCAGAGACGCUCGCGGUGCCGCUGCCCCGGCCUCAGCGGGGAAGACACGGUCCCCGACUCUCCCAAGCUCCGGGGACUGACGGAGGUGACCGACACGUCCGUGCUCGUGCACUGGUGUGCCCCCAACUCGGCGGUGCGCGGGUACCAGAUCCGCUACCACGCAGAGGGCCGGCCGGGGAACCAGUCGCUGGUGGGGGAGAUCUACGCCACGGCGCGGCAGCACCCCCUGUACGGGCUGUCGCCGGCCACCACGUACCGCGUGUGCGUCCUGGCGGCCAACCGGGCGGGCCUGAGCCAGCCGCGCGCGGGCUGGAGGGGCGCGUGCGCCGCGUUCACCACCAAGCCCAGCGCCUGGCUCGCCCUGGCGGGGCUGGGCGCCUCCUGCGGCCUGCUGCUCGCCGGCUCCCUGCUGCUGGCCGCCUGCCUCUGCCGCCGGGGCCGGGCGGCGCGGCGCGAGCGCUGCCCCACGCACCUCGUGGCCUACAGGAACCCGGCCUUUGACCACCCGCUGCAGCUGCCGACCUUCGACUAG